AACAGCAAUUAUAUCUCCGACCGAAACAAGUGCUCUAGCAACGACUGGAGCCGUUUCCACCACAAGCCCCCCAACAACAAUUAUACUUCUGAGUAGAACAAGUGCUCGAACAACAGCAGCCUUUACUCCAACAAGCCCUCCAAGAAAUAUUAUAGACCCCACCACAACAAGGGUUGAAACAAGAACUGAAGCCACAACCUCAAUACAUUUUCAAGCAUCUUCAACAAAAGGAGCUACCCUCUUCCCAGUUGUAACAAAUUCUGUAGUUUCUUCAACAACAACUGCUGCCCCUCUCACAAAUUUGCCAGCAUUCACAACAACUUCGGCUGUUGUUACAGAACAUCCUCAACCAGCAACAGAAAUGCCCAUUGUUCUACCCACAGUUGCAUCAACAUUUGCUAAAACAAUGACUACCACAGAAGGUGCACCUGUCACUGAUGGAACAAAUUAUCCAGCAUCUUCAGCAACUUCAGCUAUUGUUACAGCAAUUUCUCAAGCAGCCACAAGAAGUGUUGCUAACAUUUCACAAGCACCAACAUUUGCGGGAAGAGUUACCACGAAAACAGCUCCACGUAUGAUUGUGGGUCCAGUGUUUAUCUUUGUCCGACUUGUGUUCCACACCAACCACACCAUCCCCAGUGAGAGCGAUGUUCUCGCAAAGGGCAGUCCUUUCUUGAAUGGUGAUGAAAUCCGGCUGAAUGAUACCGUGAGGGUGCAGAAUCUCACAUAUGAGCGAUUGUCAGACAAUUCCUUCGCUUUGAGACUGGCCUACAAGAUCAAUGACGUGAGCUUUCCAGAGAAUGUAGAACUCAGGACGGAGACGCAAGCACGCAUUCAGGACUCGGUCAACAAGCUGAUGAACGGAUUGCUGAUUAAACCUAAUGCAAGUCCUUUCACCUUCCCACAAGCAAACUUUACCCACCUGCCCAAUGAGAUUCGUGCCAAUGUGGAGUAUGUCUAUCAGGAAGGUGACAUCAACCAACCAAGCAACUUCCUGGCUGCGAUACUGGCAGUUAGUGGUCCUACAAGCAGUACAGUUUCCCCUGUGAUUGCCACAACGAAUUCUCCAGCAGUGACCACCACAGCAUCUCCACGUACAGUUGUGGGUCCAGUGUUUAUCUUUGUCCGACUUGUGUUCCACACCAACAACACCGUCCCCAGUGAGAGUGAUGUUCUGGCAAAGGGCAGUCCUUUCUUGAAUGGUGAUGAAAUCCGGUUGAAUGAUACCGUGAGGGUGCAGAAUCUCACAUAUGAGCGAUUAUCAGAUAAUUCCUUCGCUUUGACACUGGCCUACAAGAUCAAUGACGUGAGCUUUCCAGAGAAUGUUGAACUCAGGACAGAGACGCAAGCACGCAUUCAGGACUCUGUCAACAACUUGCUGAAUGGAUUGCUGAACCAACCUAAUGCAAGUCCUUUUACCUUCCCACAAGCAAAUUUUACCCACCUGCCCAACGAGAUUCAUGCCAAUGUGGAGUAUGUCUUUCGGGAAGGUGACAUCAACCAACCAAGCAACUUCCUGGCUGCGAUACUGGCAGUUAGUGCUUCCCCUGCCAUUGCUACAACGAGUUCUCCAGCAGUGACCACCACAGCAGCUCCAUAUACAGUUGUGGGUCCAGUUUUUAUCUUUGUCCGACUUGUGUUCCACACCAACAACACCGUCCCCAGUGAGAGUGAUGUUCUGGCAAAGGGCAGUCCUUUCUUGAAUGGUGAUGAAAUCCGGUUGAAUGAUACCGUGAGGGUGCAGAAUCUCACAUAUGAGCGAUUAUCAGAUAAUUCCUUCGCUUUGACACUGGCCUACAAGAUCAAUGACGUGAGCUUUCCAGAGAAUGUUGAACUCAGGACAGAGACGCAAGCACGCAUUCAGGACUCUGUCAACAACUUGCUGAAUGGAUUGCUGAACCAACCUAAUGCAAGUCCUUUUACCUUCCCACAAGCAAAUUUUACCCACCUGCCCAACGAGAUUCAUGCCAAUGUGGAGUAUGUCUUUCGGGAAGGUGACAUCAACCAACCAAGCAACUUCCUGGCUGCGAUACUGGCAGUUAGUGCUUCCCCUGCCAUUGCUACAACGAGUUCUCCAGCAGUGACCACCACAGCAGCUCCAUAUACAGUUGUGGGUCCAGUUUUUAUCUUUGUCCGACUUGUGUUCCACACCAACAACACCGUCCCCAGUGAGAGUGAUGUUCUGGCAAAGGGCAGUCCUUUCUUGAAUGGUGAUGAAAUCCGGUUGAAUGAUACCGUGAGGGUGCAGAAUCUCACAUAUGAGCGAUUAUCAGAUAAUUCCUUCGCUUUGACACUGGCCUACAAGAUCAAUGACGUGAGCUUUCCAGAGAAUGUUGAACUCAGGACAGAGACGCAAGCACGCAUUCAGGACUCUGUCAACAACUUGCUGAAUGGAUUGCUGAACCAACCUAAUGCAAGUCCUUUUCACCUUCCCACAAGCAAAUUUUACGUAAGUCACCAACUUUGGGGUCUUUGCCACCUGCCCAACGAGAUGCGUGCUAAUGUGGAGUAUGUCUUUCGGGAAGGUGACAUCAACCAACCAAGCAAGUUCCUGGCUGCGAUACUGGCAGUUAGUGCUUCCCCUGCCAUUGCUACAACGAGUUCUCCAGCAGUGACCACCACAGCAGCUCCAUAUACAGUUGUGGGUCCAGUUUUUAUCUUUGUCCGACUUGUGUUCCACACCAACAACACCGUCCCCAGUGAGAGUGAUGUUCUGGCAAAGGGCAGUCCUUUCUUGAAUGGUGAUGAAAUCCGGUUGAAUGAUACCGUGAGGGUGCAGAAUCUCACAUAUGAGCGAUUAUCAGAUAAUUCCUUCGCUUUGACACUGGCCUACAAGAUCAAUGACUUGAGCUUUCCAGAGAAUGUGAAACUCAGGACGGAGACACAAGUGCGCAUUCAAGAUUCGGUCAACAACCUG